UUAUAUAUAGAGGCAAGUGAGGCGAGGAGGUCGGCAGUCACUCACGCCUUUGACGUAGCUUAUCCGUUGCCAGAGAAACUAAGUAAGAAGAAAGAGAGUAGGGAGGAUGAAAUACUACUCUUCCUUCCAUUUGCUUCUCUCUUUGCUUCUCCUUAUCAACGCUACUGCCUCUUCACAAUCCAUCAUCAAUACCCUGCCCGGAUUUCAUGGAACCCUGCCCUUCAAACUCGAAACCGGAUAUAUUGGCGUGGGAGAAGAAGAUGAAGUGCAGCUGUUUUACUAUUUCAUUGAAUCAGAAAACGACCCGCAAACAGACCCUCUGAUACUAUGGCUCACAGGGGGACCGGGUUGCACCGGUUUUUCCGCGCUGGUUUACGAGAUUGGUCCAUUAGCUUUUGAUCUUGAAGCUUUUGAUGGAAGCUUUCCUUCUUUCAUUACAAAUCCGUAUUCAUGGACAAAGGUUGCUAACAUUAUAUUCAUAGACUCCCCUGUCGGAACUGGAUUCUCCUACGCCACUACUACAGAAGCCUAUAAUACCUCCGACACUAAAUCCGUCGAACAUAAUUACUCGUUUAUGAGGAAGUGGUUGUCGAAUCACCCAGAGUUUGUGAAAAAUCAUCUGUAUGUUGCCGGUGACUCUUAUGGAGGCAAAAUCGUUCCCAUGGUAGCUCUGGAAAUAGCGAAAGGUAAUGAAGCUAGAUUUGAGCCACGGAUAUUACUCCAAGGGUACAUUGUCGGGAAUUCAAGGACAGAUGCAAAUAAGGAUGACAACGAGAAGCUUCCUUAUGCUCAUAGGAUGGCGCUCGUUUCAGAUGAAUAUUUUGAGCUAGCAAAAAGCAACUGUAAUGGAGAGUAUGUGAGUCCUGAUCCAGAUAACAUAGGAUGCCUUUACGCUCUUCGACUUGUCAAUGAGUGUACGAGCCGUGUCAAUGGCGGGCACAUUCUGGAGCCGAAGUGCAAACUCAUGUCACCAAGACCUAGCGUUUCUCGGUCGCCCCAACUAUUCCUAGAAGAUGAUCCAGUUGACCUCCUUUCCUUGUCCAAACAAGAGAAACCAUGGUGUCGUAACUAUAAUUAUGCCUCCUCUUAUGUCUGGGCAAACAAUGAAACUGUCCAAGAAGCUCUUCAAAUCAGACAGGGAACAAUAAGUGAUUGGAAAAGAUGCAGUAGGAGCUUAUCCUAUGAACAAGAUGUAUUAAGUGUUUUCAAACAUCAUCAACUUCUCAGUGACAAAGGCUUUCAAGCCUUGGCAUACAGCGGUGAUCACGACAUGAUUAUACCUUACAUGAGCACUUUGAAAUGGAUACGCGAUUUAAAUCUGACCCUCGACGAGGAUUGGAGGCCUUGGACUGUCGACGGUCAAGUUGCAGGAUACACAAUGAAAUACAAGAACAAUCAAGCAGAACUCACUUUUGCCACAGUAAAGGGUGCAGGGCAUACAGCUCCAGAGUACAAGCCCAAACAGUGUCUUGCCAUGAUCAAAAGCUGGUUAUCUUUAUAUCCACUAUAGGUUUUGACUCGGACAUUUCUGAAGAUGAAAUCGAAAAUGGUCCCUCACAGCUUAAAAACUCGGGAUGUACUCAAGGAGUUGAAUCUUGGUACAAUUGAAGAGCCACGCCCUAUAUUCAUCAGUACACUCCUGAGCCCAGAAGAAUAAGAGUAAUACU